CUGACUAACUUUAGUCAAAACAGAGGAAAAAUAGCAGAUAAAUCAAAAAUAAUCACUCAAUUUUAUAAAUAAAAAUGACUCAGUCACUCCACAAAUCUUUUUGUGCCAAGAUGGUGGCACAUGUUGUCCAGGACAUGGUCCGGGAACACCAAGUUUCAACGUGAAGGACUCCCAGCAUAGCUGAGUACCAGGGAAAGCCAGGCUGAAUCUUUGCUGGCAGCAAAGAUGCUGGCAUCUCUGUUCCAGACUAUAUUGAUAGGCUGGGCAAGUAUCUGCACGUUUCCAGUUCUUGCUUCGUCCUCUCCCUGAUUUAUAUUGACCGGAUUACUGAUAAAACCAAGGUGAGACUCAGCCAACAGUCGGUUCACCGACUGUUGGCAACGAGUAUUCUGUUGGCGAUGAAGUACCACGACGAUAUCAAAGUUGAGGAGGCUUCAUAUAUUUCAACAGUCGUUGGCGUCCAAAAGAAAGAACUUAAGCGGCUGGAAGCCGCUUUUCUUUCUUUGAUCGGCUUCGAUCUGUUCGUGUGCCCUUCAGAAUUUAAGAAAUACUGAGAGUUUUUGAUUAUCUCACAAACCCCAGAGAAAGAGUUAGCACAAGAGAAGGAACUCAAGUCUUGAAUCAGGAGGAAAAUAGCUUCAAUGGGACUUUGAUCAUGAGGCUCUCCUAAGCAUUCGACUCUAAGCCCAGAGUUACACAAUAAGAGGAGAAAGAAGAGCACUAGUACUAGGAAUAAGAGAUUAAUUAAGAAAGGAAAGAGCCAGAAUCUCGAGAUCUUCAAUGUGCAUCAAGCUCUGCUUGAUAAAACUUCCCAAGGAGAGAGUUUUAAAGACUCAAAGGGCAAGGAUCACCACUUAGAGGACUGUCAUGAGGAGUCCACUCAGGACUCCCCCAAGGGAGAUUUCUAGAAAAAUUUCCGUUUGAGCAGUACUCAGCAAAGUAUAACCCUGCUGGUUCCAACCAGAAGGGGACUCUGUAUUUUGUUCUAUGUAUAAAUAAGAAUUUUCGAUAUCUUGUGUCUAGUACUUUAUCAGCUUAUCCUAUAUUCAUGGCAUAUUGAUUC